UAAACACUCAAGAGAGAGCCUUCACUUUCCUUCCUCCCCCUUCUCCUUCUUUCUCCCUUCUUCUCUUCCGCCGCUAUUGAGCAGCCGUGCCACUACCACCCUGCUGCACGGCCCCACAGAAACGCCGGCCUCCCUUCUCUUCUCCACGGCAGAAACCAGCAGCCUCCCUUUCCCUCCUCCCUCGCACUGAACAGCCGGCAGCCAACUCACGAGCUACCGUCAGCUGCUGGCCGGUUUUGGGCUCUCUCCAGCCAGUUUUGAAUAUUGAUAUAUAAAUUAUUCAAAAAAAGGAAGUCUGUAUUAGUUUGCAAGGUGAUUGAUGAAAGUGAAUUCCUAUUGCUGUGAUUCUUCGAUCCAUCCUCGUCGUAACCAGUCCACCCCAGGCAUUAAAAUGACAUCUAAACCCUCAAAAGUACUUGUAUAGCUACAAAUAACUACUAUCAUUUGUUCUUUCUUAUUGCUAUUUAUUCUCCCAUAUAUCUCUCAUUCGUUCCCAUCACAUUGUUUUCCGAUUAUUGAUAUUUCUACACUACUAAUCACAAUCAAAACAAAGAUGAAUUUUCUCACAAUUAUAAACCCAAAUCUCAGAAUCAAUCCUUCAGUUUCCAUUUUUGGAGCUGUUUCUGGGUCUUGUAGUGUGCCUAAAUGGGUGUCUAAUUCAAAUAAAAAGUUGGGUAAUGUGGGGAAACUUGGGUUUGAUUCAAGAUUCAAUCUUGGGUAUAAAAAUGUAGAGAGUUUCAGAAAUGGUAGGGGUUUGGUUGAAGUGAUGUGUAGAAGGGCAGAAAUUGAAAAUGGAGAAGAAGAUGCAUUUUAUAUGAGGAAAUGUGUGGAAUUGGCGAAACAGGCUAUUGGAUAUACUAGUCCUAAUCCUAUGGUGGGAAGCAUUAUUGUAAAACAUGGUAAGAUUGUUGGCCAAGGAUUUCAUCCUAAGGCUGGACAGCCUCAUGCUGAGGUCUUUGCUUUGAGAGAAGCCGGAGAUCAGGCUGAGAAUGCAACUGCCUAUGUGACUUUGGAACCUUGCAAUCAUUAUGGAAGAACACCUCCGUGUUCUGAGGCUUUGAUCAAAGCCAAAGUGAAGAAAGUUGUGGUCGGCAUGGUGGAUCCCAACCCAAUUGUUUGUUCGCGAGGAAUUAAUAAACUACAAGAAGCAGGCAUAGAAGUUGUUGUUGGUGUUGAGGAGGAUCUGUGCAAGAAGCUCAAUGAAGCAUUCAUCCACAAAAUGCUUUCUGGAAAGCCUUUUGUGACUCUUAGGUAUUCCAUCUCUGUAAACGGUGUGGUUUUAGAUCAAGUAGGUGAAAAGGUUACAGAAUGUGGAGGAUAUUUUUCAAAAUUGCUGCAAGAGUAUGAUGCGGUGAUACACACAAGCGCCAGCUCCACAAUGGCGCAAGAAUUGUCAUCUCUCCGGUCACAAGAACCUAAUGCUCGCCAACCUCGCCACAUUUUAUUAGCUACAAAUCAGGAUUUUCUCAACAACCUAGUUGCAGAAUCAGAUUGUAAUGCCACUGUAUUUGCAAACAAAGAAGUAAGUGUAGGACCGGAAUUGUCUCAAAAAGGGAUUGAAGUAGUGGUUAUGGAUCACAUAAGCCUGGAUGCUAUUCUAGAGUAUUUGAGUAAGCAGGAAAUGACUAAUGUAUUGGUGGAUUUGAGAGGAAAGCUUAGUGAUUUGGAAGAGAUUCUGGAAGAAGCAUUACAGACAAAUUCAAUGCAGAAGGUUGUAGUGGAGGUACUGCCUAUUUGGGCAGGGACUGAACCUGAAGACAGUCUUUCUUCCUCGAUGAUGAUGAACCAUACCCAUAGUCAAAGGUUGAAGAAUUUAUCAACGAGGAUUGCUGGUGAUAGCAUCCUUCUUGAAGGGUAUUUUUAAUUUUUCUUAUAAUACUUCUGUUUGUAACUGAAUGUACAAUUCACUCCAGAAAAAACUUGAAUAAUUCUGCAAGAGUCAUUGUAAUUUAGCGAGAAUCACGAGUGUAUUUAAUAUAAUUUACACAGUCCGAACUCAACUGAAUCCAAGAUGCAAAAUUUUUACAGAGGUAGAUGAUUGUAUUUCGGUA